AUCACAUGUGUGCGAUGCCAUCCUGAGUUCUGGUCAAAUGAGAGAAGAGAUGCCUGUGUAAAGAAGGAGGCAGAGUUUCUGUCUUAUGAAGAGAUAAUGGGAGCACUGCUCACUGCUGCAUCCUUAUUUGGAACAUGCAUCACUGCUGUUGUGGCCUUCAUUUUCUUCAGAUACAGGAGAACUCCGAUUGUCAGGGCCAACAACUCUGAGCUGAGCUUCCUGCUGCUCUUCUCCUUGACUCUGUGUUUCCUGUGUUCUCUGACCUUCAUCGGCCGGCCCUCUGAGUGGUCCUGCAUGCUGCGACACACAGCUUUCGGCAUCACCUUUGUUCUCUGUAUCUCAUGUGUUCUGGGAAAAACUAUCGUGGUGUUAAUGGCCUUCAGGGCAACACUUCCAGGUAGUAAUGUGAUGAAAUGGUUUGGGCCUGCACAGCAGAAACUCAGUGUUCUGGGUUUUACUCUAAUACAAGUUAUCAUAUGUAUCCUCUGGUUGACAAUCUCUCCUCCUUCUCCUUUUAAGAAUUUUAAGGAUUUCAAGGACAAAAUUAUCUUAGAGUGCGCUCUGGGCUCAGCUGUAGGCUUUUGGGCUGUACUUGGGUAUAUAGGACUUCUGGCCAUGUUUUGUUUCAUU